CGUGGCGCUUCUAAGGUGAAGGAGCCACUUUCGGUAGCUCCCGCCUCCCAUCUCCAUCAAGGGUCAAAGCUCAAUGAGAGCGGGUUGGAGGCUCGCUGGGGAGCUGACAAACUAGGGUCUACAGGAUAGUGUUAUGGAGAAGGCUUCCCACUAGAGUGAAAGGACUCGCAGUCCCAAGUUACCCACACCACGGGACUCUCUGUGGAGAGCGCGGGGCGCGAGUUACAGUCCCGGCAGCCUCAGCACCGGCUCGGAUCCUUCCGCUCCGCUCCCUCUCACGUCGGUCCCCGCGGCCCGGGGUCCCGCAGCUGCCCAUUCAGGCAGGGUCCGAGCUAGAUCUUUAGAGUCCGAGGUUCAUCUUCUCCCAUUUCCGGAGACGGGUUGCUGCGGGCCCCAGAGGAGAAAGGGACUUUUUGAGAAGAAAAGCGGAGGCAGACGAUGAGGGGAAGGCGAGCUCAAGUAGGCGAUUUUCGCGCGCUUUGUCGCGGGGGGUUGUGGGUAGCUCGCCGGGAGGGAAAAGAAAACCCCGAAGCCGGUCGCGCCGCCCGUCGGGCCGGAGGGGAUGUUCGAGGACGAGCCCCACGCCGAGGGGGCGGCAGCCGUCGCCGCGGCCAGGGAGGCGCUGCAGGCCCUGUGCCAGGAGCUGAACCUGGACGAGGGGAGCGCCGCCGAAGCCCUGGACGACUUCACCGCCAUCCGCGGCAACUACAGCCUAGAGGGGGAAGUUAUACACUGGCUGGCAUGCUCUUUGUACGUCGCUUGCCGCAAGAGCAUCAUUCCUACCGUGGGAAAGGGCGUCAUGGAAGGAAACUGUGUUUCGCUGACCAGAAUACUACGCUCAGCUAAGUUAAGCUUAAUUCAGUUUUUUAGUAAAAUGAAGAAGUGGAUGGACAUGUCAAACCUACCACAAGAAUUCCGGGAGCGUAUAGAAAGGCUAGAAAGAAAUUUUGAAGUAUCUACAGUAAUUUUUAAAAAAUUUGAGCCCAUUUUUUUAGAUAUCUUUCAAAAUCCAUAUGAAGAGCUACCAAAGUUGCCACGAAGCAGAAAGCAGAGGAGGAUUCCUUGCAGUGUUAAGGAUCUCUUUAAUUUCUGCUGGACGCUCUUCGUUUACACUAAGGGUAAUUUUCGUAUGAUUGGUGAUGAUUUAGUAAACUCAUAUCAUUUACUUCUGUGCUGCUUGGACCUGAUUUUUGCCAAUGCUAUAAUGUGUCCAAAUAGACGAGACUUGUUAAAUCCAUCAUUUAAAGGUUUACCAUCGGAUUUCCAUGCUGUGAACUUCAAAGCUGCAGAAGAACCACCCUGUAUCAUUGCUGUACUUUGCGAUCUGCACGAUGGACUUUUAGUAGAAGCAAAAGGAAUAAAGGAGCACUACUUCAAACCAUAUAUUUCAAAACUCUUUGACAAGAAGAUUUUAAAAGGUGAAUGUCUCUUGGAUCUUUCCAGUUUUACUGAUAAUAGCAAAGCAGUGAACAAGGAGUAUGAAGAGUAUGUUCUAACUGUUGGGGACUUUGACGAGAGGAUCUUUUUGGGAGCAGAUGCAGAGGAGGAGAUCGGAACACCUCGAAAGUUCGCUGCUGACACCCAAUUUGGGAAACUGACAUCACAGGCCAGUGUGGACUGCAACCUUCAACAACACUUUGAAAAAAAACGGUCAUUUGCACCUUCUACCCCACUUACUGGACGGCGCUAUUUACAAGAAAAAGAGGCAGUUACCACACCUGUUGCUUCAGCUACUCAGAGUGUAAGCCGAUUACAGAGCAUUGUAGCCGGAUUGAAAAGUGCCCCGAGCGAGCAGCUUCUGACUAUUUUUGAAUCUUGUAUGCGGAAUCCGAUGGGAAACAUUGUAAAAAUAGUGAAAGGAAUAGGAGAGACUUUCUGCCAGCACUAUACCCAGUCCACAGAUAAACAGCCAGGAUCUCACAUAGACUUUGCUGUAAACAGACUGAAACUGGCAGAAAUUUUGUAUUAUAAAAUACUAGAGACUAUAAUGGUCCAGGAAACACGACGACUUCAUGGAAUGGACAUGUCAGUUCUUUUAGAACAAGACAUAUUUCACAGGUCCUUGCUGGCUUGUUGUUUGGAAAUUGUGCUCUUUGCCUAUAGCUCACCCCGUACUUUCCCUUGGAUCAUUGACGUUCUCGGUUUGCAGCCGUUUUACUUCUAUAAGGUUAUAUUCCCAAAUAACUUUGAAAUAGGAAAUGGAGGAAGUGUGCAAGGCCAUCUUCCCAUGAUGCCAAUGUCUCCAAUAAUACAUCCAAGAGUCAAGGAAGUUCGCACUGACAGUGGGAGCCUUCGAAAAGAUAUGCAGCCACUGUCUCCCAUCUCCGUCCAUGAGCGCUACAGCUCCCCUGCCGCAGGAAGUGCUAAGAGGAGACUCUUUGGUGAUGACCCACCAAAGGAGACAUUGAUGGAAAAGAUUAUGGCAGAAGGAACACAGCUGAAAAUUGCUCCUUCAAGUGUGACUGCUGAAAGCUUGUCAAUUUCCCCUGGGCAAGCUCUUCUCACAAUGGCCACGACCACAGUCACAGGGACGACGGGACGGAAGGUUACCGUUCCUUUGCAUGGUAUUGCCAAUGAUGCUGGAGAAAUCACACUGGUUCCUAUUUCCAUGAAUACAACUCAGGACUCCACAGCUGAGAGCCUUGUAUCACUAACUGCACAGUCAUUAAUUGGUGCUUCUCCAAAACAGACCCAUCUGACUAAAACGCAAGACGCUCCUCUGACCGGAAUAAGCAAACCAAAGAGAACUGGGUCCUUAGCACUGUUUUAUAGAAAGGUCUAUCAUUUGGCAAGUGUACGCUUACGUGAUUUAUGUUUAAAACUUGAUGUUUCGAAUGAGUUACGAAGGAAGAUCUGGACAUGUUUUGAAUUCACUUUAGUUCACUGCCCUGAUUUAAUGAAAGAUAGGCAUUUGGAUCAGCUCCUUCUGUGUGCCUUUUACAUCAUGGCCAAAGUAACAAAAGAAGAAAGAACUUUUCAAGAAAUAAUGAAAAGUUACAGAAAUCAGCCACAAGCUAAUAGUCACGUAUACAGGAGUGUUCUCUUGAAAAGUAUUCCAGGAGAAGUUGUGGCAUACAAUGGUGACUAUGAGAUGACUGAUGGUGACAUAGAAGAUGCCACAAAAACUCCCAACUGUUCCAGUGAACCAGUGAAAGAGGAAAGAGGUGAUCUUAUCAAAUUCUACAAUGCGAUAUAUGUAGGAAGAGUGAAGUCAUUUGCAUUGAAGUAUGAUUUGUCCAAUCAGGACCAUAUAAUGGAUGCUCCACCGCUCUCUCCUUUCCCACAUAUUAAGCAGCAGCCGGGCUCCCCACGCCGCAUUUCUCAGCAGCAUUCCAUUUAUGUCUCUCCGCACAAGAACGCAUCAGGCCUCACCCCCAGGAGCGCACUACUCUACAAGUUCAACGGCAGCCCCUCUAAGAGUUUGAAAGACAUCAACAACAUGAUAAGGCAAGGUGAGCAGAAGGCCAAGAAGCGUGUGAUCGCCAUCAGCGGAGAUGCAGAGUCACCUGCCAAACGUCUCUGCCAGGAGAACGAUGAUGUUUUACUUAAACGACUGCAGGAUGUUGUCAGUGAAAGAGCGAAUCAUUGAUGUUGCCCUUUGUCUGGUCAAAGCACUUUUGGGUUGUUCUGGAGAAAGUUGGGGCUUCACCCUUCACAUUUUUUUAUCACUGGGUUAUACAAAACUUGCAUCAAAAGUAAGCUCCUUUUUAAAAGCAUUUAUUCACCCUGUAUAUCUGACAGACAGACAUUUUGAGGUAGAUUAGAAAAGAAUGUGUUAGGUGCCUUCAUAAAUAGUAAUAAGAUUUUUUUUUAGUGUUCGUUCCUAGGUUUGCUUUUUAGGAUGAAUUAAGGAGAAACUAUUUUUUAACUGUCUUUUCAAACGGAUCAAAUGUCUCCUGUGCGUCUUACUAUGUGGUCAGUGAGUCUCUGAGAUACUUGUGCUGUCUGCUUGUGUUGAAGGUAGGCUUAACUCCCACGAUUUGAGCAUUCACUGAUGGACCAGCCUGCCUUGGGCCUGGUGGAGCAACUGCACCUCAGGUAGCCCCAGCACGUGGGGCAGUCUGUGCCCUUCUCUUUCCUCUCAGUUAGUACAAGCAGCUUCGCACCUUAUAGCUUGAUGUUAUAGCCCCACAACAGGGAUACUCAGUUUAAAACUACGACUUUCAUGAUAUUGCCUUAAUUAUUAUAUGUGAUUGUAUUCAGUCAUGUAGUUCUCAAAAUAAACUGUUUCUUAACUAGGAGGAUAAAAUUCAGAUAAAUGAGAAGUGACAUUUCUUUAGUAGAGUAGCAUCAUGGUAAGAUCAUUCAUUCAUCCGUGUUAGGCUCAGUAACUCCAGUGCCUGUAACUCCAGUGCACAGGAGGGCUGCUGGGAAUGUCAGGCCAGCGCAUCCCUAGCAGGACCCUGACUCAAAUCUAAGUUAUUCAUUCUCAUUGUCUAUUUAAUUUCCUGAAAAUAUUUGAAGCUUUUACAUUAGUCACUUCAUGCUUGUAAGUGAAAUGUUUCAAGUUUAAGAGCUGCUUUUUCUUUCUAUUUUGUGUCACCCUUUGUUCCAGUAAUUAUGCUUUCUCUGGAUUCCCCUGGGGUGUAACUCCUGGAUCCCCUUGAAGACCUUUCCACACUGGAGGUUUAGCCUUCUAAAGAAUCAGGUCGCUAGUGUUUGCCUUUUCUUCUCUGUGUCUAGCGUUGGAAAGGAUGUGAAUAAGCCAUUUAAAUUAAUAAUUAGAUGAUGUAUCAGUAUAAAGGUUUUUAGCUGCAAACCUUAUUUUUUAAAAUAUAAAGUGUUGACUUGGCAGUCUAUCUCAGCGUGUCAAACAUAUCCAUCACUUGCUAAUUUGAAUUAGUCUAAGAUUUGGCUGCCAAUUAAUGAUGGAUGGUAACCAAAGGUUUAUUUUUAAAUUUUAAAAAGAGGUUUGGGUUAUGUUUUGCUUUUCUGAAAAUUGUGUUCUUGUGUUUUGUGUAGUAUCUACACAUGUUGUAAUAAACCAAAUAAUAGUCUGUCUUGAGUCCUUGUACAUAUUUCUGUGUAGCUAUAACUACUGUAUCACUUUCAUUAUUAAUGUACAAAAUAUAAAUGUAGAUUUAUUCAAUGACUGUUAAAAACUUAAGACAUGAAUUUACCAAUUUUCAGGACUUUGUAUUAAUGUAUAUAAAAUAGUUAAUAAAAAUUAGAAUUUUAAAAACAUAAA